CGCUCGGCCGCGGUGACGUCACUCCGCUUCUUCCUGCCUCCACCCGUUCGCAGCCAUGAUGCAGGAAGGGCUGGACGACGGACCCGACUUCCUCUCCGAGGAGGACCGGGGACCGCGGGCCGUGAAUGUGGACCUGCAGACGGACGCCACGCUGCAGGUGGACAUCUCCGACGCCCUGAGCGAGAGAGACAAGGUCAAGUUCACCGUCCACACAAAGAGCACACUCCCAAACUUCAAGCAGAACGAGUUCUCCGUGGUCCGACAGCACGAAGAGUUCAUCUGGCUGCACGACUCGUUCGUGGAAAACGAAGAGUACGCCGGAUACAUCAUCCCUCCAGCUCCACCCAGACCGGACUUCGAUGCGUCCAGAGAGAAGCUGCAGAAGCUCGGGGAGGGAGAAGGAUCCAUGACCAAGGAGGAGUUCACUAAGAUGAAGCAGGAGCUGGAGGCAGAGUACCUGGCCAUCUUUAAGAAGACCGUCGCUAUGCACGAGGUCUUCCUGUGUCGCGUGGCGGCGCAUCCCGUCCUCAGAAAAGACCUCAACUUCCACGUUUUCCUCGAGUACAACCAGGACCUGAGCGUACGAGGGAAGAACAAGAAGGAGAAACUGGAGGAUUUCUUCAAGAAUGUGGUGAAGUCGGCUGAUGGUGUCCUGGUGGCCGGUGUCAAGGACGUGGACGACUUCUUCGAGCACGAGAAAACGUUUCUGCUGGAAUAUCACAACAGAGUCAAAGACGCCUCGGCCAAAUCUGACAGAAUGAUCCGCUCGCACAAAAAUGCUGCUGACGACAUCAACAGAAUCGCCUCGUCUCUCUACACAUUAGGAACACAGGACUCCACAGACCUCUGCAAAUUCUUCCUGAAAGUGUCGGAGCUGUUUGAGAAAACUAGGAAAAUCGAAGCUCGAGUCGCGGCAGACGAAGACCUGAAGCUGGCCGACCUUCUCAAAUAUUACCUGAGGGAGUCUCAGGCUGCAAAGGACCUCCUGUACCGGAGGAGCCGGGCUCUGGUCGACUACGAGAACGCUAACAAGGCUCUGGACAAAGCUCGGGCCAAAAACAGAGACGUCCUGCAGGCCGAGACCAGCCAGCAGCUCUGCUGCCACAAGUUCGAGAAGAUCUCUGAGUCCGCGAAGCAAGAGCUCAUAGAUUUCAAGACGAGACGAGUGGCAGCGUUCAGGAAGAACCUGGUGGAGCUGGCGGAGCUGGAGCUCAAACACGCCAAGGGGAACCUCCAGCUGCUGCAGAGCUGCAUGGGCGUCCUGAAAGGAAACACUUAACCGGUCCGAACCUCGGCCGCUUCCAGCUGGACGAGACCGUCAGAGGGCGGAGCCUGGAGGACGAACGACACUCACAACUGGACCAGACAGAGAGAGAGAGAGAGAGAGUUACAAUGACAGGAAGUCUGUCGUCUUCAUCACUAUUCAAACACCCUCCUCAUCCUCCUCCUCUUCCUCAUCUUCUCCCCCUCUCUGUCCCUCGCAGCUUCUUCUUCUUCUUCUUCUUCUGUUUGUGACGCUCAUAUGAAAACCAUAAAUUCAGCACCUGUGUUUUUAUCGAUCAGAGCAAAGACGUGAACGUGUCUCGGAGGAGAAGACGCUUUGUCUCCGUUAAACCUCCACGUGAUCGGGACGUUUUGUCCUCAGCUGAGACGUAAACAUCUGGGUUUCAUUAUCGGUCUCGUUUCAGCUGAUGGCGAGAAAAAAAAAAACAACCUCAGAAUCAACCAAUCAGAGACUUUUAAAUGAUUUUAGAUGAUGUGCUUUGACUCUUCUGUCCAUUUCCACAUUAAACCAAACCAUCUGAUCCUCGGCUCCAGAUAAACUUCCUGUCGACCUCUGAUUUACUCCUUUAAAUGUCUCUGAUUGGUUGGACGACUGUGUCCACAUGUGUCCAGAGGUAUUUGUCUUUCUCUCAUAAUUUAAUCCAGAUGUUCACAGACGAGCUGCGUCUUUUCCCGUCUCGUUUUAAAUGAAUCUGCGGCUGUCGUCAUCUCAUCUUCCUCCUCUUCUUGUUUGUCUGGAGGUCGUUUUAAUGUGACGCUGAACCUCCUCCUCCUCCUCCUCCUCCUCCUCCUCUGCUGCUCCCGUGUGACGGAGUCCAGUCUCCCGGCUCCUGUUCUUAUUCAAGUGUCAUUUCACUAAAUAAUGAUGAUAAUAAUAAUUAAAAAAAAAAAAAAAGCCUUGUAUAUGUUUGUAUUAGUUAAACUAAUGAACGCUAAUCAUCCUCCUCUUCAUCGUCACUAACUGUAGCUUCUUGUUUUCUGUCAUUCCAGUCGAUGGUGGAGCUUCAGUCUGUUUUGCCUUAACGUCGAUCAGUCGCUCCUUUGAUUUAAUGUAAAGAAAAAGUUCAAAUCACACAAUGAAAACUGUUAUUUUUUCUUUUUGUUCCCAUUUUCUUUUUUCUUUCUUUCUUUCUUUUUUUUUUUUUUUUUUUUAAAGUGCACUGUAUACGAAUGUUUUUCACUCUUAUGUGACCAAAGCUUCCAUUACUGAUUGAAGAUGGAGACGCGAUGAACGGGGGAGAAAAGAAGGAGAAUAAAACAGAUGAUUAUGAAAUUCACAACAUUUUUAGUUGUUUAAACUUCAGCAGGUCUGUAAUCGGCCCUGGUCAUACUGAGACUCAAUAAAACUUUACAGACACUUUUCUUACAAAUCGUCCGUGUCAACGCUUUACUGCAGAGAGGCCGUCUGAUUGGACGAGAGCGGGAAAUCAUGAAUAAAUGAAUAAAACCUAAA